UGACAGUAAUCUCGCGAGAUCUCUCGUAAACUUACAGAACCGGAAGCGGCCUGUAGUUCUCUUCCCCCUUUUCGGCCAUCGCUGAAGCAGCAGCGGGCCAAAAUGAAGUUCAAUCCCUUUGUCACUUCUGACCGAAGCAAGAACCGGAAAAGGCAUUUCAAUGCACCUUCCCACAUUCGCAGGAAGAUUAUGUCUUCCCCUCUUUCCAAAGAGCUGAGACAAAAGUACAAUGUGCGGUCUAUGCCCAUCCGGAAGGAUGAUGAGGUGCAGGUUGUACGAGGACACUAUAAAGGCCAGCAGAUUGGCAAAGUGGUCCAGGUUUACAGAAAGAAGUAUGUCAUCUACAUUGAACGGGUACAGCGGGAAAAGGCCAAUGGCACCACUGUCCAUGUGGGCAUUCACCCCAGCAAGGUGGUAAUCACCAGGCUGAAACUGGACAAAGACCGCAAAAAGAUCCUGGAACGGAAAGCCAAAUCCCGCCAAGUAGGAAAGGAAAAGGGCAAAUACAAGGAAGAAACGAUUGAGAAGAUGCAGGAGUAAAAUAAUCUUAUAUACAACUUUUGAUCUAAAAAAAAAACUUCUUAAAUGAA